AGAAAUGUUCAAUGGGGAGACUGAUAAAGACAUGAAGAGGUCAUUAACUCUUUGUGUAGAGGAGCUUACAGAUUGUAUAAAGUUUUGUUAUCUUAUUUUUGAGGGUGUGUUAUUUCUGGAUUUUAUAAAGCAGGACCUUUAGACCUUUAAUAGCAAGUUUUCUUUGAGAUUUGUCAAGAUAAGGGAGAGCAGAAAUAUCUGGUCCGGAGAGGAAGGUCACCUUAGAAAUGGAUAGCAAUCGCUUUGGUAUCACAAGCAGGCCGGUCAUUUUGCUUGUUCAGCUUUUUGGAGUAACGGCUUGUAUACUGUUGUUUUAUUGGGUUCUCCACUAUCGUGGAGGAUUGGCCUUCCACGAUGUAAACAAACAGCGUAUUUUCAAUUUGCAUCCACUUUUCAUGUUUGUUGGAUUCAUAUUUGUAGCCAGCCAAGGUAUUUUAUCUUACAAAAUAGUUCCUGUGAAAAAGGAUCGUCAGAAAUUGGUCCAUUUAACCCUUCUGGGCCUUGCAAUCAUCCUGGGUGCCAUUGGGAUAUAUGCAGUCUUUAAAUUCCACAACGAAAGCCAUAUUAAGAAUCUGUACAGCUUGCAUUCCUGGCUGGGGAUUAGUGCCAUCUCUUUGUUUGGCCUGCAGUGGGUAGUGGGAUUUAUAGCAUUCCUGUACCCUGGCGCAUCAAAGAACAGAAGAGAAAGAAUACUUCCUUGGCACUUGUUUUUUGGGCUUUUCCUGUAUGCAAUGGCAAUUGCAGCAGCAGAGACAGGAAUUCUGGAGAAACUUACAUUUGAAGAGAAUUCAAAGAUGCCGUUAGAUCAAUUCAGUUCAGAGGCUAUACUUGUCAACUCUACCGCUAUUAUUAUACUCAUAUUUGCCAUGUUGGUCGUUCUAUCCACCAUUCUACCACGAGGGUAAUACAAAGCAAAAUCGGAAUUGAAGUAGGCUUCCUGGUUUCCUCAAGGUCUUUCUUUGCAUUGUUAAAGAUAUAUAUCAUAUACAAACCAGAGCUCCUCUAUACAUAGCUCUAUAUUCACCUGGGGCUGUGGUAUAUAACUCCAUUGAACCCAGGAUAACAUUAUUAUUUCCAGUUGGACGCCUGUUUUCCUUAUUAUAUUUAAGAAUAUCGGAGACCUCUCUUCUGGUCCUCAUGAAUUUAA